CACAUCAGUGAGGUCAAAACGAUCGCAGAUACAACAUCUUAAUAAUUUAAAUAAAUUGCACACGAAUAAAAAAAUGCAAUUAAUUCAUACAUGUGUAAUUAAUUUGAUUUUAUUAGGAAAUUUUAUUCCAAUUGUGUUGUGUCAACUUCAAUUUGGUGGUCUACCAUCGUCUUUAUUUGGAAAGUCUUUGUUUCCAGAUAUUAGUUUUCGUGCUUUUAAACCGAAAGGAUUUCAAGUAAACAUUAAAAAAAGAAACGAUGUUCUAGAAUUAGUUAAAUUUAGUUAUCAAAUUAAUAAUGGAAUCGUACACACACCAAAAAUGGAAAAUUUACUUUUUGAUUGGACGUAUUUCGAUCCAAAUAAAAAAGUAAAAAUCAACGAUUUCGUUAAUUAUACAAUAGAAAUAAUUAGCAAUCAUUUUGAUCCUACCAAAGCGUUCGGUGGGAGUGGCAAUUUUAAAUUUGGAUUUAAUUUCGGUGCUCAACGAUAUAAUUAUGUAGAUAAUCAAUCAGUUACAAUUACAGUUUUAGAAUCUCUUUGUGAAUCUACUCUUGCGAAUCAAUUAACUGCAAAAAUAAAUUGUGAUGAGGAAAACGCAAUUUUUGAAGAUGAUUUUUCGAAUGGAAUUUUAAAGAAAACUCUUUGGACGGUUGAGCAUUACAUUCCUGUUUACAGUGAAGAGAAUUUCGAGUUUGUAUCUUAUCAAGACAAUCCUGAAUGUGUUUUCAUUUCAAAUUCCAAUUUACAUUUAAAACCAACUAUUGUACCCAGUUCUAGAAUUCUUGGCACAUUGGAUUUAACCCAAAAAUGUACUCGAAGCGUUUCUCAAGCUUGCUUUUAUAAACAACUCGGCGCAAAUUAUUUGCCACCAAUUACAUCUGGAAAAAUCGUUUCAAAUUUUUCUUUUAAAUACGGAAAAGUUGAGAUUAAGGCGAAAUUGCCGAGAGGAGAUUGGAUAUUUCCGCAGAUUGAAUUAAUUCCUGAUGAUUUAACAAAAAAAUAUCCUAAAUUUCUCAUUGGAUAUUCAAGAGGUAAUAAAAAUUUGGUUACUAAAGAAGGAAAGGAAAUUGGUUCCAGCAUUUUAUUUGGUGGUUAUUUGAAAUCCAGCGAGGAAAUGAGAGAUAUUAAUAUAUUAAAGAAUAUAAAUCUCAGCGAGAAUUUAAGAAAUAAAAUGAAUAUUUUUACAUUAACAUGGACCCCAGACAAAAUUACUUUAGCUGUUAACAACGAUGUUUACAGCACAACUUACCAAACAGUAAAUGAAGGAAAUUAUCGAAUAUCACUUGGAGUUGGUGUUGGAGGUAAUUUUGAUUUCCCGGACGAUUCAAAAUCAGGAAAUUUCAUGAAACCUUGGAAAAACGAUGCGGUUAAACAACUGAAAGAAUUUUUAGACCACAAAAAUGAUUGGAUCAAUUCUUGGAUUGAUAACGAAGUAGAUCUUCAAGUAGAAUAUGUGAAAGUGUUCGCUGUCUAAAUCAUAAUAGAAUCUCAAGUAAUACAAAAACUUAAAGUUUUCUUACUAAAUUUUUAUUACCACUGUAAUAUAUUAUCAUGCAUCAUCUGCACAAUCAGCAUUUGGAGGAUUAUUAAAUGGGUUCCCAAAUCAGGGAAGGAUUGUGUUGAUUCUGCUUUAUUCGUUAAUAAUACGUAAUAUGUCUUAAAAUAAACGUGUUAUUGUUAGAAUAGUUCUUCGGAAAUAAAAAUGUCCAAUAAUUGAAAA